CCGGGGGUCGGGGGCAGAGCUCGGCCCGCCGCCCCUCCGAGCCAGCCGGGGCUCGAGCUGCUUGAAGCAUGUGCAGGGGGCCAGGCCAGCCCCCGCCGGCCGCCCCUGCAGUGCAGGCCAGCGUGCCACCCAGGCUGUGAUGCCUGCGGGGCUGCGGCUGCGGAGCCCCGCCGGAGGAGGCCAGGGCGCCGCCGGGAUGAUGCCCUCGCCGGAGAGCCGACAGAGCUGCCCGCCCGAGCCCGGUGGGCACAGCCCCGGCGCCGGGCACCCACAGCAGGCGCGGGGAAGGGGCGCGGAGGGCGCUCGGGCGACGGGCACGCAGGAAGGCUCCGGCCACGGCCAGGCGGAGGGCUCGGGACAGUACGGUGUGAGCUAUCGGUGUCUUUUGCGGCAAAACCAAGUGCUGCUCACCGCCCUGGAGGAGCUGCAGUCGCGAUGUGCCGGACUGAAAAAAGAGAACAGCCUGCUGCGCAAGACCUGCUUCCCAGAGACACAGGAAAAGGUGAAGCACCUGAAGAGGAAAAAUGCCGAGCUGGCUGUCAUAGCCAAGCGCUUGGAAGAGAGAGCCAGGAAGCUGCAGGAGGCAAACUUGAGAGUUGUAAAUGCACCGGUCGCUGUGAAGGGCUCCUGCGCCGGGCUUUGCAAGAAGGCGCUGGCCCGCCAGCGUGCGACAGACCUGAGAGAGCAAGCCAGCGUGCUGCUGGCCAAAGAUAAGCAGAUCUGUGCUCUGCAGCAGGAGUGCCAAGAACUGCAAGCGAAAAUCAUGACCCGAAAGGAUGGCCCACCUUGCCUCCCUCUCCCAGACUUCCACCAUCUGCUCCGGGAGUCUCAGAAGGAGGUGUUGCGUCUACAGAGACAGAUUGCGCUGAAGAAUUUCAAGGCCUCUCUGAAUUCCCGGAGCCGAAGACCAGGCAACGUUUCCUUGGUUGGCAAGACUGAGUCACCUGUGACAACCGAGCCCUCUUCCUCCGGUGGUGGCUGUUCUCCUCCAAGCCAGCCACAGCCAGGAGCAGAGUCAUCCUCUGCAGGGGAAACCACCUGCCAGGCAGGCCCAGGAGUGCCCACGUGUGAUGGAGAGGACACCCAACUUCUGAAGAAGGUGAUUGCUGCAUCCCCUGAGGUCAAACAGCAGAUCCAGCAACUGGAAUCUGAACUGAGAAAGAAGCGGAAACAGUGUGAAAACCUUGAGCAUGAAGUGAGGAAGAAACAUAAAAGAUACGCGGAGCUUGAAAUUCAGCUGCAGGAAGUUCAGGGUGACAAUGCCCGAUUGUCUGAGGAGAACGCCGUGCUUCAUCGUCAAGUGGAAUGGACAGAGAAGAUUGAAUCUGAAAAUGCUGACUUGAGACUGCGGGUGUCGGUGGUGACGGAAGAACGAGAUUCGGCUCUUCAGAAAUCUCUGGAUCUCCAAAACAGGCUGGAGAGUCUUGGGCAGGCGUUGAAGCACAUGAGAGAUGUCGCAGAACGAAGGCAGCAGCUGGAGGUGGAGCAUGAGAAAGCCCUGCAGAACUUGCAGAAGAAGCAGGAUGAAGUUCGGCACCUCCAGCAGGCACAGGCUGAGGCGCGGAAGGAGCACGAAGGAGCCGUGCAGCUGUUGGAGAGUACCUUGGAUUGCAUGCAGGCCCGCGUGAGAGAGCUGGAGGAUCAGUGUCGUAGCCACACAGAACAGUUUAACUUCCUCUCUCAAGAGCUCCGACGUUUUCACCAGCAAACCGAGAAAAGUGGCCUUCGGUCGUCCUCUCCUUUGGUGGCUUCUGAGGUCUCUUUCACUCCCUGCCUGAUAUCUCCGCAGCUUCUAGAUGGUCGCAAGGAGAGAGAUCCAGAAGUUGUCCCCGUGCCUCCUCAGUGCAGCAGAAAGGGUCACAACGAAGGAGUUGGAGAAUCCUCCCCCAGAGCACCUCAGCAUGCCAGUCCUGUGGUGUCCGUUGUUGCCAGAAGUCCGGAUUCAAGCACCCCUCCUGUCUCCUCAAAGAAGUCGCUCAGGCAACUGGAGUCGCAGUCCAGCUCUUCGAGAUCGGAGUCCAUGCGCAAUAGUUCCAAAUCCUGUGCCACGCCUGAGUUGGACACUGCCAGUGAGAUGGAAGAGCUGGACAUCGAUAGCGUCUCACUCAUCCCAGAGCUGGAACACCAGGGUCCAGUGAAGCUCCACGUCUUCUUAGUACGAUACAGCUACAACCCUUUUGCCGGUCCUAAUGAGAACCCCGAGGCUGAACUCCCACUGACGGCUGGCGAAUACAUCUAUAUUUAUGGAGAAAUGGAUGAAGACGGCUUCUUCGAAGGAGAGCUGAUGGACGGCCGGAGAGGCCUGGUCCCUUCCAACUUUGUGGAGCGCAUUUCCGACGAAGACCUCGUCACCUUCCUGCCUCAGGAGCUCCAUGACCUCUCUCAAAGCUCUCCCCUUGAGAGAAGUUUCCUCAGCAUGAGCCUCAGCAGCGGGGAGAGAAGCGAUUAUUCGGCCGAGGAGCUCAGUAUCAGUACAGCACCGUCCAGGCUAGAAGGAGGCCAGGAAGAAGGCGAUAUCACGGCAGUGCCUUACCCCAGGAAGGUGACUCUCAUCAGGCAGUUUGGCAGUGGCAUCUUAGUCGGCUGGGAGCCACCCCUUCUGCCUGCCGGCUGCUCAGACAUCCAAGGCUACAACGUUUAUGUGGACGCAGAGCUUCGGCAAAGCACGAAGGCUGGGUCCCCAACAAAAGCCAUGCUGGAAAAGCUGGACUUGAAAACAAAAGUCUACCGCAUCUCGCUGCAAAGCGUCUCGGCGGAGGGGAGCUCCGACCGUCUGCAGUGCACAUUUCUGGUGGGACACGGCGCUGCCUUAGCCCCCACGCAGCUCCAGGUACGGAACCUCACGGCCACCUCGGCGGAGAUCUCCUGGUUGCCGGGCAACAGCAACUUCUUCCACGUCGUGUCUCUCAAUGGGGAGGAGUGCGACACAACAAAAAUGGGGGUCUACUGGUACACUUUCCGCAAUUUGAACCCGAGCACCUCCUAUGUUGCCAGAGUAGAAGCCCAGCUUCCGCAGGCGCUCUGGGAACCAACUCCAGAGAGGCCAGAACAGCCGUCGUGGGCAGAGAUCCACUUUGUAACAACUUCAGCAGGGUCUCCGGAUGCCCCUCUGGAUGUCCGAGUGGAGCCGGGUCCCUCCCCUGGGAUACUGGCCAUCAGCCCUUCACCAAGAUCACCAUUGAUACUGAAGGAUAGUCCAAAUGGGAGUCUGAUGCAAGCUGCAUACGCAUUGUGUGCUGACAGGCAAGAGGUGAUGGAAGUUACCUCCCCAACAGCCGGCAGCGUCUUGAUAGACAUUUCCCAACUGCAGAUCCUCCAGGUGUGCCGGGAAGUGUCUGUAAGGACGGUAUCUCUUUAUGGAGAGUCAGCAGAUUCGGUACCAGCCCAGAUCCCAUCGGCCUUGUUAGGAGACGUUGGUCGCUCUUCUUCAUGUGUGCCAAGCUGUCUCCCCUCUCAGCUUCCCCAUGGGGAGACGGAGGCUCCUCUCACCCCACAGACCUCCCAGGAACAUAGUGUAGACCCAUCUUCCAGGGUUCAUAAUCCCGUUGCCAAAUUCACCUCUGGGCCUAAUAUCAACAGUGAGGAUUUUGUGAAUUUACCUCUCGCAGAGAUGUCCCCAGGCAGAUGUUCCAUUCCCACCAGGACCUCUUCGACUCAUGUUCUUCAGGAAUCAACAGUAGAAUCAGGAUCCAUGCCAGGAGAGGACCCCAAAGCCCUUGUUCUAGCUGCAAACAGUGUAGAAGCAGAAGAUGUGGGUAUGCCCAGGAAGGAACCUGGAGAAGGUAACCAGAAACCUCUCCUUGUGGCUGAAGAACCAAAGCCAGAGAGGCCAGGCAGUGGUGCUGGGCACCUAGAAGCAUGCAAAGCCUGCUGUGCGGAACAAGAACCAAAAGAGCCGUUGCCUGAAAGUGGAGCUGAAAACACUCCGAGCUGUCUGGGCUCAAAGGCGCCGGUCCUUGGAGAACAGGCGACGCAGUGGGAGGACAACUCCGGAGACACGGGCCCAAGCGACAAGCAAGGCUCAGAACAUUUCACUGGGACUUUGGGAAGGAAGCUGCUGAAAGAAAUCUCCAGGGAUGACUCCACCCUGACUGUGUCUCGGGUCAGAAGAGAGGGAGAAAAAAGAAUUGAACCUGGAAAUCGUCCGUUAAAUCUCCUGACUGAUCACAGCCGAGGAUCUGACCUCUCUGACAUUAUGGAGGAAGAGGAGGAAGAGGAGGAGGAGGAAGAGAAUCAUCAAGCAAGCAGGCAAGGGGAGUCGAAAUGGGAUCCAGUGGAACACCAUAGCCAAGAAAAUGGAGAGAAGCAGGACCCAGGAGACACUGAUAGCGACGAGGAGAUCCUGGAACGGAUUCUGGAGAUGCCGUUGCAAAAGAAAUGCAGCAAAGCCCUUUUCAGCAUCCCGGAAGUGACGGAAGAGGAGGAGGAGGAAGACUGGGAGCAUGUCCCGAAGAAGAACUUUUCGGCCCCUCCAGAGAAGGCCACGGAUUGCCUCCCAGAGAGGCCUCCAUCAUACGAGGCCAGAAGGGUGAAGCCUUUCCCUCCGGGGAGUUCCCCACAGGGGGGUUUGCCAAAAAGAAACCAGGCCGUCCCAGACCAGAUCUUGCCGGAAAGAGACCUGCCUCAGAAACUCACGGGGGAAGAUAACGUGAAUGAAAAUAAUGUUAACGAAGGACCCGUUUGCCCUGAAAUUUCCAGCAGAUGGAAUUGGGAGAGUCAAGAGAAGAGGCUGAGGCCUAGUGGAACAGGAAGAACCUCCCCGUGGAAGAGAUCUGAUCGAUGUAAAGAGAAGGCCCACAACCAAACACAGGCAAACCGGAUGAGAAAGAGAGAUGUCCGAGAGCGCGGGCGCUCCUUGCUGGGCUGUUCCCACCAGAGCGGUGGAGGGGGCCUGUACCGUACCCAGAGCCUGAAGGAGAAUUUGGAUGUGAUAACCAGCUUGGGGCUGGAGGAGACAUCAGAGCUGUACAGCUGGGCCAGGCCAAGGACCUACCAAGCAUCUACCCACGAGGUAGAGGAAGGAGGCCUCCGAGGCCUACCCCUCUGUGUCAGCCCAGAAAGUCUGGAAAUCGACAUCGAGUACGACUCCGAAGACGACCAAGACCUGACCAUGACUUCCACCCCGGUGAGCCAGUUGAGUUCGGACGGGAGGGCUGAUGGGUCGCCCACAGACUGUGAGGACGGCUGGAGUGACUGUUCCAGCCAGUCAGAGUCAAUCCGAUCCAGUGGCCCCAGGGAGCUGAAGAGAAGCAAUAGCUGGGAGGACGAGAGCACGGAGUGGAUCGGGUCCCCAAGCCAUUCCCCUGGGCGUCGCUGCUGGGAGAAGAGGACCUUGUUGGGCUCAGAGGAACGGAGCCGGAGCCUAGAGCGGAACCCCUCUCUCUGGAGAGCCGUGCCCGAGCGCCCCUGGAAGGGGGGACCAUAUAUGACGGUGCAGACGCGGGUGGCAGGUAAUGGGGAUUCUGUGUCACCAAAGUCAAUGUCCUGGCAGGCCUCUACCAGAAGAGGGCGAAGGCCCCAGAGGAAAAGGCACGAAGAGGAUCUUCGCACUGCUAGUUCUGGCUCUUGGAAGAGUCCCCCCUCUGAAACAAUGGACGACCGGGAUUCUGUGCGGCUGUUUGUGGCCCUCUUUGACUACGACCCGGUUUCGAUGUCUCCAAAUCCAGAUGCUGCAGAAGAGGAACUCCCAUUCCAGGAGGGCCAAAUUCUAAAGGUCUAUGGCCACAAGGAUGCUGAUGGCUUCUAUAGGGGAGAAUGUGCUGGGAGAGUGGGGUACAUCCCGUGCAACAUGGUCUCUGAGGUCCAGGUGGACAGGAACACCACCAGGAAGCAGCUCCUACACGAUGGUCACAUUCCUGCCAACAGGCUGAUGGAAAACCUAGGGGAAAGUGCAAACUCUCCACCUCCUCAGAGAACGCCAGUCCGUCCUCCAAAGCCCCAGAGGUCCAAGAAAGUGGCACGAGACAUGCAGGAAGGAGGAGAGACCCCUCAUUUGGGAAUAUUUGAAGGCCAAGAUCUCAGCUCUGAGGAGGAUACUCCAAGAAUGAUGGUGGCCAUCUUUGACUACAAUCCCAAGGAGAGUUCUCCCAAUGUGGAUACGGAGGCUGAGCUAAAGUUUUGCGCUGGGGACAUUGUGACCGUACUUGACUGCAUGGAUGAUGAUGGGUUCUAUUUUGGGGAGGUCAACGGGCAGAAGGGGCUUGUGCCGUCCAACUUUCUGAAAGCUGUGCCGUCUGAUGGUGUGCUGCCUGGUGGGUCAAGGCUUGGAAGGCAGAGAACACGGAAGAGAAGAGUCCAGUGACAGAGGCGAGGCAGACAGCCAGUGACAGAGAGACCAAGAGAGAUGAGGUGAAAUUAUCGGCUUUCACUAGACUGUGGGUAACAGCUCCAUUUUUUGCCUGGAAAGCCGAGAUGUUCCGCUGCCUCAUGCCCUCAGAACUCCUCAACCCCAAGCCCUUUGGGGAAGAAGAUGAGGCAUUUCAAGGACUUGAAUAAGAAGGACAGACAACUGCGAUCAGGCAGCCAAGAGAAACACAGAACCGCUGUGUUUCCAUAGCUGUAAUCUGGACCCCCAAAGAGUCUUGGAAGGAGGGGAAUUCAGAUUAUGAGACAUUUACUAUAAUGGCAUUUUGCUUCUCGAGAGUGUGGGAACAGUUUAGAACUCCAUACAAGGAAGUUGGAGCUCUGGAGGUCCAGAAAGGAGGGUGGGUUUCCUAUAGGAAUGUACCACUCAUCAUGUCAGUGUGAGGUUUUAACUGUGAUGCGGUUCAAUGGAUGUUCUCCAUCUUCAUUAUCCCACAAAAGGGGGGGGGGAUUCCUUUGAUUGGAAAUCGGAGCUCCGGUUUUAAAACCUUUGCUUUGCGGCUCUCAGAAGCUCACGUCUUUUGCACUCAGAUUUAUUUCCUUUGUUGCCUCCCACCAACAACAUGUAGUCAGAAAUGGCCAAGAGAAGCUUUCUGUGGGGCAAUUCCCCAACCCAAGAAAGGAAAGGAGGAAGUAUCCCAUUUUGACCCAGGGCUCCCUUCCACUCGUGUCUCUCAACAGGAGAUUCAUACCAUUAUCUUCACACAAAUUGUCUUUUUUUGACAUGGUGACUUGUCAGUGUUUCUUUUGGGUAAUUCGAUAAUGCUAACAGGGUGCCUUGGGAGACAAUCUUUCCUCACAGUUUUGCCAUACUUUCGCACCAGAUCAGAAAUCUGGAGAAGCAGGUGGUGAGCUUUAUCACUUGGCAGGAUGCUAAAUGGACCACGUGGUAGGGAUGUGUGGAAACCAACCCCUCGCAAAUUCCAGUACCAUCAGGCCUAUUUCGACUUCGCUAGAAAUGCCUCCAACGAAGCAGGAACGUAGAAAUCCAAGCUUUGCCUUGGACAUAAUUUGACGGCGUUCCAGCCGGAGGACUGGCCAUUUUGGUGUGCUGUGCAGUGUGCCCUCGCUAGCCCUGGUUGCCGACAGAACAGAGUCUACCAAGUAACUUGGGUCACAGUUUGUUAUUAAAGCCGGCUCUAACGAAUGGUAAGAUUGGGCAUGUGCUGGGGUUCCUAGAGUGGGAAAGGGCCUACAGAUGCCCCAACUAUGGGACAUCCUUGCUUUACAUGGAGUUCUCUAGAAAGUCAAAGGCAACUUGUUCUUCUUAAGGGUCAUGGGAGCCCUUUCAUAUCCUGGUGGCAGCACAGGUAUGUGCUUUUUGUGUGUGUGGAGCCCAGAUGGAGGCCUCUGACUCACCAGGAAACACUUGGGAUGUUUUGCCUGAGCUGGAAUUUUUUUAGGGUGCUUUGGUGGCAAAGCUGGUGGCCUGUUUUCACCCAGUCACGUGGACUAUGCAGUUUGAGCUAUUUUUGACCACCAGAUGAAGCUGCCUUAUAUCGAAACAGGCCAUUGGUCCAUUAGGGUCAGUAUUGUCUACUCAGACUGGCAGUAGCUCUCCAGCAUCUCAGGCAUCAUCAAUUGCUGCCUAGUCCAUUCAACUGGGUGAGGCGGGCUUUGAACCUGGGGCCAUCUGCAUGCAAAGCCAGUGCUCUGUCACUUAGCCACAGCUCCUCUCCACAGUGAUGGGAGAACUGAGGCGGAUAUAGCAAUUCCCCUUUGCUGCUUAUUAAGUUUCCCAAGAAGUCAGGAAGGAGGACGGUGGGUUAAAGGGGCCAUUGGCCAGAUUCAGGACUUUGGGGUUCUCUAACAUGUGUCAGUCAUGACUCACAGUCUCUUUGAUAGCUCCCCUUUUUCUUUCCACCCAGUUGUCAGGCAAUGUAUUGGAGCAUUCAGGUGACCUAAUUUGAGCUGGCACCAAAUUUUGCUGGGGGGUGGGGGAAAACAACCAAUUCCAGACUGAUUUGGAGACUGAAGCUCAGGUAGACCACUCAAUAAAUCCCCACACCCCAAAAGACUGGUGAAAUAUCUCAUUAUUUUUGCACACUUCCUUAUCUGCAUUCCACUGAAAAGACAAAAUUAGAUUUUCAGUCAAGGUCUAUGGUGUAAUCUCUUUCUCACUAACCAGACAAUCUGUGGUUGGUUUGGAGAGGUGAAAAAAAUACACCCUGGAGCUUGAGUUGGCCAGAAUCCUGGAUUAGGGCUAGUUGCCGAAUUCCCCCUUGACUGAAAAUUCAAGGUGAAUUUCUGGCACGGGCAGAAGACCCGACGAAUCGUAAGGAAGACAAAGAGUUUUGACCGUGCAUGCUUAAGUACAUGGGCAGUUGGGGGGGUGCCCUACAUCCCUACCUACCAUUGUGCCAAAUGAUUAAGGUGACCCCAAAUGGCCUUGUGGCCCUCUCCUCAGCUCUGCCUUACUUGACUCUUCCAUCUGCUGAGUACUUUUAGCUGAGGGGCGGGUGGGAUUUGGUGAAACACAAUCCUGGGCAGCUAUGCCCUGGCUUGAGACUUGGUUUCCUUGUGCUGAGGAGAGGUCAGUUUUCAAGGCCAAGGGGCUUUUAACAAUGUGUUUGGUUUGUCUCCCAUUUUGCCGCCGGUGUGUCCUCUGCAUGUUUGUAGGGAGGGGGAGCCAUUCUUGUUCCUUUCACUCUGGGCCGUUGCCAGGCGGGAGGGAGUUGGGUUCGGGUGAACUCUGUUUUUAUUUUUGAAAAAGCCUAAUUUAUUACAUUAAAGUCUAUUUUCACACAAAAAAA